AUGCCCGAAAAUCAAAAUGAAGAUUCGAUACCCCUAGCUCCCGGCAUCGCCACCUUCAGCCUGGGAGAACCUUCAAAAGGUGACGAUUCUAACAAUGCUCCGACCUCGUCGUCAGCUGUGAAUUCGGACAAUGAGAACGGGCCGAUGAUUCCCGACGCCAUAGCCCCGCCGGAUUUGAAUCAGGCCAAGAAGCCGAAGAAGAGCGUCUCCACCUAUUACAAGAAACAAAACGAGUUGCUGGAGAAUUUUCAAAAAGACACUGAGCAGAUCCAGGUGUUUCGAAAAACCCGAUUCACGUCGACGUGUAGCGAUGAACCCAGCAAUAGCAAUGGUAAUGGCACCGAAGUUGUUGACGAGACAGCCGAGCCCGGCGCUCCUUUGCUGCGGCAAUUGUCUGGCGACAACGAUCUCGAAACUUGUCGGAACGGCUCGAAGAAAUCGCUAAAGAAGCAGCGCUCGGAUUCUUUGCAGGAGAUGAUCGACAAAAACCAAGCAGCUCAGAAGCAAAGUCAAAGCGAGUCGAGGGCGGCCGGCAGGCUUUCUUUUCGUCACGCUGCUGAUCAACGUUUCUUUGAUGAUAGC